GGUCCUUUUUAUGCCUAGCGUUGAACGACUAGCAUCAAACGAGGUAAGGCCUGGACAAUUUGUGAGAAAAACCUUAUUUAUAUAAAACCAAGAGAUGUCUGAGUCAGCGAAUAUGCAGUACUUUUAGUCUUUUAUCAUAUGUGACCACUAAUUUUCAGCUAGGAUGUCAAUUAUCAUGCAUUUUAAGCGACUUUAUGUAGCGCGUGCCCCAUGUGGCUAGCUAAGCUAGCAUCCUCGCUAGCAUGUACAUAGACAUGUCUGGGCUAAUUCCCAGCAUGCUGAUUUGCGCCUUUUCUCUUCGUUUUUCUAGCAAAUUGGUUAUGAUGGGUGAAUUUAUUGCAUAUAUGCUUCAGUUGUGUGAAACUCUUUAUUAGUGUACUAUGAUACAGGACAGGUUACCACUGUUUGCCGUCUUAAAAGAAACUAACGCCACUAGUUGAUUUCCGCAGUAGUACUGAUGGUCAUGACUGUUUGACUUUUUCCUUCCAGCGACAAGAUGCAGCUCUUCCUGCGUGCCCAGAACACUCACACCCUUGAGGUGUCCGGACAGGAGACCGUUGGACAGAUCAAGGUAUGAAUUUAUAAGCUGUUGACCGUCUGAGACAUUUCAUCUUAGAGUAGUUAUCCUUUAACCUGUAGAACUCCCAGCUAUAGUUCGCUAUUUUAGGUCUGUUGUUUGUAGCAACUCUAUAUACACAUCUUUUUUUCAGGACAACCUCAGCUGUCAGUUUAUGGUGCAAAAAUGAUGUUAAAUGAACGUGACAGUAGAUUCAGAACCAUCCAAGUCAACCAAAAAACAAAAAUGGAAAUUGAUACUAAUAGUUUUUUGCACAAAGCACAUAAAUCUACAGUGACCAAGCCUUUUCUCACCUGCACAUCAUUCUCUUAAGUCUUGGCUAUCAGGAGAAGAAAUAUUGGGAUUAGAACAAACACAACAGAAACUAUUGACAUAUUUACACUAAUUCUUCCAGGCAUUUUUUCUGCUAUUUACAGAUGUUUAUGCCACUCCUUGAAGCAGUUCCUGUCUGGAAUGAGACACAGGGCCACAUCAUUAUGCUCAUAAUCUCUCCUUUGCUUGUUUCCAAACAUUGAGGACCAUUAUUUCUUAUUUUGCAGACAAGCAGGGAACUUUCUUUCUCUUGUUGAUCUUUGGUUGCCUCUUAUUGGACAUUACCGUCGAGGGAACAAUAGAAGAAGAAUAUGAGAUCAUGAAAUUGGACAAAAGUUUGACAGAAAAAGACGUCAUCGAAACAGCUUGUCAAGCCCAGAAGACAUUAGUGGCAUUUAGUGAUGUGAUAAGUAAUCAUGUUUACAUCGGUAUAUCACUGCGGAUUUUCCGUCAAACGUCUCUGAUCAAACGCCUAUUUUUGGGGCUGGAUCGUAAACCUUGUGGUAGGUGUAGAAAUGCCUGAAAACCCUCGACAGAUCACCACAAGGGUACACUUUUGAAAACUUUUUAUCCCAUAGAGAUACACAGUAUAGUUUCCGAGAAACUGUAAACAAUAUUAAUGGUGUCACGUGGGAUUGCCGGCGAUCCAGCGGAGUUCUAAGCAUUAAAGAAGCAUUACAGCCACUUGUAUCGCUUUCGCCCCUGCAACACAUGUCUUCUGUGUCUCUUAGGCCCAUGUCCAGGAUCUGGAGGGUCUCCUGGUUGAGGAUCAGGUGCUGUUGCUUGCUGGUUGCCCACUGGAAGAUGAAGUCUCCCUGGCAUCCUGUGGUGUCACAGAGCACUGCACCCUGGAGGUAGCUGGCAGGCUGCUUGGAGGUCAGUAUACAGAGCAACACAGAAUUAUUUUCUCCUUCUUAGCACCAUUCUUCUUUUUAGCACCUGGUUACUACAGCCAACAAACCACCUCCUUUAAUGUAUUUCGAGCUAUUGUGCUAAUGAGCAUGAUGUCCUCCAUGUCAGUGUUUGAAACAUUUAAAGGAUCCUUAAUUUGUCUAGAAAUUUUCCCUUUUAACAUUUUCUUUUUCACCUCCCCAGGUAAAGUUCACGGCUCUCUGGCUCGUGCCGGCAAAGUCAGGGGACAGACCCCUAAGGUAAGAAGAUGUCAUACUUAUGUCGGUUACCUUGAGAUCUGUAUGAUAAGUACUACUAAAGUAAUGAAUGACCAAAAUUAAUGGGUGCCCAUCCUUGUCUGUUUUUUCCAGGUUGACAAGCAGGAGAAGAAGAAGAAGAAGACCGGCCGUGCUAAGCGUCGCAUCCAGUACAACAGGCGCUUUGUGAACGUUGUUCCCACCUUCGGAAAGAAGAAGGGACCCAACGCCAACUCCUAAAGUGCUUUUCUGCCGUAUAAAGGAGAAACCCGGUCACCCCUCAUCAGUUUUUACCAAGUUCAAUGUUAUCUUUCUGUACAGAAUAAACAAUUUGGCUUGGACAAAAAAGGAGUGUUUCUUAAGGACUGGUUGCUUUUCAGAGGCUUUAUAAUGAAACAGGUUUUCACAAAGGGGCCACUGAGGAGCGCUAUUUUAUUACUUCCUCUGAAUCUUUAAUCUAUGGUUUCUUGAACUUGCAUGAUUUUACCCAGCUCGCCCUUUAUGGUGUAUGUUAUGGUGUUUUAAAAAAAUACAUGACUUGAUAACCAGUUUUAAAGUGUUAAGAUGUCAUCUCUUGAAUUCAGUCAUUGGAGAGAAGUUCUGUUCAUGCUAGUUUUACUAAAUUAUCUGUUCUAACAACAGAUUACUGAACUAGUGUCAUAGUCAAGAUGACAGUUAAACGCCAAGAAUAUUAUUUGGUGGUUGCACCAUGAGGAAGGUUUUAAGGUCUCACUCAGUAGCACUGAACAUUCCCUUUGUUGCAUUCUUAUCAAUUUCAUGCACCAUUUUCCUUCUUGCACUAUUUUGUAAUGAUCCAAUAUUACGGUACAUCCUCUGUUGUUUUUAACAAUCUCAUAAGUAAUAAUUGCAUGAAAGUGUGUUAACUUUGAGUAGUGUUUCUCCCCUAGAGUUCCUCUGCAGAACCGAAGCCAUGUCUUUAGAUGUAGUUUUGUCAAUGCACAAACGGCAAACAAAAUGAACGAUUUGUUUGACACUUCUUGAUGCAGUAAACGGGGUGAUUU